AUGGCUGAAAGAAGGGAUAAUAGUAUCGUGAAACCUGGACAAGAGAAGAACGUAGCUGGGGUUCUGAAGACUCCUGUAAGGCCAAACAAACGUGUUGAUGAUUGGCCCUUGAUGCAGUCUCCAUUUCCAACAUUGACUAUAAGCACUAUUUAUCUCCUUACUGUCUGGCUGGGCCCCAAAUGGAUGAAGACAAGAGAGCCCUUCCAGUUACGUUUCCUGUUGGUUGUUUACAACUUUGGAAUGGUUCUACUCAAUUUCUUCAUUUUCAAAGAGCUGUUUUUGUCAUCAAGAGCUCGAGGGUACAGCUAUGUCUGCCAGACUGUGGAUUAUUCAGAUAAUGUUUAUGAAGUUAGGAUAGCUGCUGCUUUAUGGUGGUAUUAUGUCUCCAAAGGAAUUGAAUACUUGGAUACAGUAUUUUUCAUUCUGAGGAAGAAAUUUAACCAAAUUAGUUUCCUUCAUGUCUAUCACCAUUUCACCAUGUUCACCUUAUGGUGGAUUGGUAUUAAGUGGGUUGCAGGUGGACAAGCUUUUUUUGGAGCUCAGAUGAAUGCAUUUAUUCAUGUCAUUAUGUACAUGUAUUAUGGAUUAGCUGCCUGUGGCCCUAAAUUUCAGAAGUAUCUGUGGUGGAAACGAUACUUGACCAUAUUGCAAUUGGUGCAGUUCCAUGUGACUAUUGGCCACACAGCCUUGUCUAUUUAUAUUGAUUGUCCUUUCCCUAAAUGGAUGCACUGGAGUGUAAUUUUCUAUGCUGUCACCUUCAUUUUCCUGUUUGGUAACUUCUACUAUCGGACAUAUAAACUGCCCAAGGAAUCUGUAAAGAAUGGCAAAAUAGCAAAUGGUGCUGUUGCAAAUGGAGUAAGCAAACCAGAAAAUAAUCCAGUGGUGGAAAAUGGAAAAAAGCAGAAAAAGGGAAAAGCAAAAGGAGAGUAACUUGAUCCAGGCCUUAACCAUUGUUGGCAGUGAGGAACCUCCUGUUUGGUUUAUAAAAGGAAAAAACCGCUAUCUAUCUGUACCAAUUAACCUUAGGUCACUGAAGAGCUAGAACACAAAUAUUUUCGUUAUUUAUGAAGAUUGUUUUAACAACACUUAAAGUUGAAUUUCUAUUGUAAUUAUGUAAUUAUCAUGCAUAUGGUCUCUAUGUAAAUUUGUAGACUGCUGAUGUUGGUGAAUGUAAGGAAGAAUUGCAGUAAAUUCCAUAUUUAGCAGUCCAAAAGUUAAUACUAUCACUGAUACAACUGGUUUGGUGGACACCUGCAUGUCUUGGGAGGAGGGAAAGGAAGGAAGUAGUAUUUGAAUACUUGUGUUUUUUUCCGAAAAAAGAUUAUUAAAUUUUAAAUGAUGAUGCAUUAUCUAAUCAGAAUGCACAACUUCUCUUGUCCUCCUUGGAGGGUAUCUUCGGACACAACUACGUUUAUGUGCUGUCAGAGCAGUGUUUGACUUUUUAGACAUUACUUGAUUUAAUUUAGCGUCUGUUACAGUUUUUCUUGUGUGGAAAUAUACCUACCUCUUCAUCUGCUGAAAAGAAUAUUAAGCAUUAAAUAACUGAUUUCUGAAAUAUGGAGUCCCCUAAUAUAACUGUCCGUUAACACUAAUUCAGGAGAAAAUUUGAUUUCCUUUGUGAGUACAGGGUUUUUUUUGUUGAUUUUGUUCAAGUGUGUUUUUGGUCAAAUCAUCAAUGUUGUUCUUCAAUAUGAACUUAAAUUUUGGAGUACUAUUUUUAUUAUGGCUAAGUGAAUAAAACAUUUUAAGAAUGUAUGAAUAUGAAACAGUACAUUGUCUGAAGCAAGCAAUUAAAGUAGGCCCAUUGCAUGUUGUUUGUGACCUGUGUUAAAGCUGUGGUGCUGACUGGUAGUGAAAACGGUAAGAUAAUGUUAUGGUGGAGAGAACACAACAGUAUGUAAUUGCAUUUAGAAAUGCUGUGUGUAUGUGGUAGUCAUGCUGACUACAGGACAGACCCUUUUUAUUGGAGGAGAGAAUUCAGGUAUAAAGUACAGAUGUAAAUACAGCAAAUAUAAAAUGUUGAAAAUACUGCUACUGCUUUAUAUACCCAUCAACACUCUAUGCAUUAGACAAUUACAGGCAAAAUAUUGCUAGUAGUCAGGCCACUGCUUUAAUGUGAAUGCCAGAGAUGGGCUCCUGAAACUCUAUUCCCAAAGCAUUCUUAGCUUUUUCAACCUAACUGAUAAGUGAUUCUACUGAUCAGUUUUUUAGUCCAAACUGUAAGUAGAAGCCUCUUUUCUUCUACAAUAAGUAGAAGCCUCUUUUAGACUUCUUUUCAUCUCACUUGAUACGUUAAUGGACUUAUUACUCCUUUUGUGAAGAAAAUAUGAAAGUUAUUUCCCUUCCAUAUAAUGUGAUUACCAUGAGAGAAGUUUUGUAUUGCCCAUCAUGUCAUGAGUAUGAGACAGGUGGAAUUAGAAACCGUUUCUUGAACUCCCAGGUUCCUUUUUCAUCACUGCAAGAGCUGAUCUGUUGCUGUCUAAAUGCAUUCUUAACAGCUUUGAUCAAAAACAUAUUCAUUGUCAAACUUGCAUCAGGCAAGUGACGCUUAUUACAGGAAAAAGUACAUGAAGCUCUAGGUGUAAAGUGUCUGGUACAAUUAUUAAUUUUUGCAUCUCAGUUAUCCAUUUGCCUGUUAUUUAUAAUAUGCAAGCAAGUCAAGAUCUUUGUCCUAGGUUUGUCUCUUGUCAUGGUACUGAAAACUCUAUCUAAACCCAAAAUAUAGGUUUUUAGGAGGAAAAACUUUGGAUAUAGUCUGUACUCAGAAAUAAUUACUAAUGCUGGAUUGAUUAGGCUGGAAGGUGGAUCAUCAGUAAUAAACUCUACUGUGGGUUUUAUGGCAGAGUAUAGGAUUGUAAGGGGCUGUCUCUGCUGAAUGGUAGUACCUGUGACCAUUAAUUUUACUCUCUGCUUUGUCUUAUGAUUCUUUCAGUCUUUGUGUUGAUGCUUUUCACUUUUGUGUAGCUCUGUAUGUUUAUGUAAAGUGGCAUGGGGAAGAGGGAAGGUGGUCUACUUCCUUCUUAGACAAAUGCCAUUACCUUUAACCAAGCCAAAAUGUUACCUGACUGGAUAACUUCAGAAUGGAGCAAAUUACUACAAAGCAAGCUGGACAGCAGAUUUACAGCACACCUGCUACUCAAGGUAAUGGCUGGUGUGAAUACUCUUACCCUACUGUAAAUUCAAGGUAGCUUACCCCACGUUGAUUAAAGGGUAACUUCUAUUUGCCAUGGGAUGUGGGCAGCUAACUCAUUGUAAAUCUGCACCCUUCCUUGUUUUGUAUUAAAUUGGCUGUCUGCUCUGUCUUUCUUUAAGCCGGAUCAGAUAAACUGGUAGUCUUAACAUGAUCUAGCUCUGAAAGAACAUACUGAGAAAUAUUUCCGUACAGAUUCAGUUAUCUUUGCUACACUUUGUAAAAUAAGAAUUGUAUCUUGCACUUUGACAAAUAUUUAAAACAAUUGAAAGUCAAAUCUUCCCUCCCCUCAGCGUGCAUGGAAACUCCUUAUAGUUGAUAACAACUUGAACCUUAUUGGCAGAACUUGGGUAGAAAACGACUCUCAAAUUCUGGGUCAUUUUUGUACCUUUUAGUAAAAACAGUAAUAAUAAAACAACAUUUUGUGAGAAUGCAUGCAUAGAUACCAGUUAUGUUGUCUGGACCUGUGGAUAAAAUCAGCUCAAGAUACUAGCACACAGUUUCAAAGGAAAAAAAAGUCACUUAUUAAAUUCCUGGAAUGCUAUUUUUUGAGACCAUCUUCUGCUAUAUGACUUUCCUGGGUCUAUUUCUGAUUUAUUUGAUUGCUCAUGUGACUUGACUCCUGUUUUGAGCUUUAUAAAGGCCUUAUUGAAUGUACAUUUUUGCAGGCAUGGUAACGAGCGGAGUGCUUCUGUUUCAGGCUCUGUGCAGCCAGACUCGCAAAAUAUAGGGCUGAAAAUAUACAGCUGUUUUUUCAAAAUUUGAGGCAGUGAUGCACAUGUGAGAUACUGCCAGAUUCAUUAAAGUCAUCAUUUAGUCCAAGGUACCUCAGAAUUUGGCUGCAAAAGUAAGAGAGUGUAUGUUUAAAUAUGUCUGCUAUAUACAGAAUUGAAAUUCAAAUUAUAGAGACUACUUUGUAUGGUAAAUAUUUUCUGCUACGUGCUUCCCAUUUAUGUAGAAGUGAAAUUUGGACCCUUUGGAACGUUUUAUUUUUGUCAUUGAAAGACACUGAUUUGUGAACAAUUCUGAAACUCUUGGGCCAGAGUCAUAUAACUAUCUGAUGCCAUAUAAGUGACACCAUCUCAUUUAGCCUCAUUUCUAGCAGUAUCUGUUAGUCCUUGUUGGGUUCUUUUAGCAGUUUGCUCAGUGUAAAAAUUAUCUGGCUAUUUAUGUAUGCAUACAUAUGGGUUCUUUACAGAUUCUUCCAGUGUGUGAAGUAAAUGAUAUUUCUUUAAUGUGAAGCUGGCAGGAGCUAGUAGCAUAGUUCCUACCACUUGAGCAGUAAAAUGGAGACGUUUUCAUUGAUCCAUAGAUCCCAUAUCAGUCUUGCAGACAUGAAUAGUAUUUGUCAAUCAUUUUAGACAUAGGGUGAUGGAAGCUUUUUUCAUCAGAGCCCUUUCUCCUAGUAUAAUAAUAUUUUGAGGCUUCAGUUGUAGAUUCGGCAGGGAGGGGUGGGAAGUCUCCUGACUCAGAGGAAUGGCGAAUGGUACUAUCUUAUAGUAGGGAUCAUUUCUGGAAACAACAGGAGUAAUUUGCUCCAAGUAAGUCUUCAAGAGCAUUGCAAUCAAGUUCUCUGUUUAAGAGAAUACUUCUAUUAAAACAAAAAAGAAAGAAAGAAAAUGUUUCUGUGUAUAUUCAAAAUCAUGGCCUAUUUGAUUAUAUAACCAUUACUUCUAUUGGCCAUGAAGGCAGACAUAACCUUUGCAUUCUGGUUAGUCUGAUCUGUUAACUGUUUCCAUCUCAAGAUCAGGAGGAAAAGGUAAAAUAAAAAUGCUGUGCAUUUUUUCAGGUUAAGCUGAGACCGUAUUUCUAAGUAUUUGGCCUCCAGGUGCAGAGGGGAUAGGUAGGAAAGGAGUAGAUGACUACUGUGCUGAAAGUUCUCAUUCCUAAAGCAGCAUAUGGGCACAUUUGUUAUCUCUUAAAAUUUUGAAUAAAAUAAGGUGUCUCCUGGAGCAUAAAGUUAAACCUGGCAUAAAGUUAGUGUGAGUUCAGGGUCAUAAUGCUUAAAUAUUUUAAAAAAUAUCUGUUUCAGUUAGAAUUGAAGAGAGUGAGGAACUUAUUAGGUAUCUGGACAGUGUAUCCAUCUUAACGAGAAGCACAUGUUAUAGUAAUUUGGCAUGCAGAAAAGAGCAAGACACCUUUGCGACAUCUAAUAGUGCUGCAAUCUGAAUUGGCCUCUUUGCUAACUUACACAGUUGGAGCUCCAUGGGAAUUAGUGGGUUGGUUCCCGUUUACAUCAGCAGAGUGUGUUUAAUCAUAAAGAAUAGAAAAAUACUUGCUUUCUGCCAAUAUCCCAUAAUGAUAAGGGAAAUGUAUGGUUCAGGAUGCUGCUUUUGCAUAAGGUGUUCAUGCAUUUGUGAACAACAAAAUAAAUAUUACUUUUUUCAUGCUA